UUAAUGUUGCACCAGUGUAUUGCACUCCAUAGUUUCGGUGCAUUAAUUUCUAUCUACGACACGAUACAAUAGCUAGUAGCGCGUAGAACGCGUCCCAAGAAGUAACACAGUCUAAAUAUUACGGGAAAGUUUAUUAUUUUUCGCGCGGUUCGAACGGCACAGGAAAGAAAACGUACCGUAAAGGUUAGAUACAUUGGGAAAAAACGACGAGCUGACUAUCCAAUGCAAGUUCGAUAAAAUAGUUAUCAGGUUUACUUGCAGACAGUAAAGCCAGACGCAGAAUGGAUAAUAGUAAAGUGGAUGAUGAGAAUCAGCGUAAUAUUAAUGAUGGGGACUGGAUUUGCCCCGAUUCUCAAUGUGCCAAUGUAAAUUUUGCAAGAAGAAAUUCUUGUAACCGAUGUGGAAAAGACAGAGGAGAAUGCCCUAAGAAAAAAAAGUUAGGACAAGAAAUUGGCAAAGCUGCUGCAGAGAAAAGUAGAGGAUUGUUCAGUGCUGAUGAUUGGCAGUGCAGUAAGUGUGGAAACGUAAAUUGGGCUCGACGACAGCAGUGCAACAUGUGUAAUGCGCCAAAAUUUGGUGAAAUCGAAGAGCGUACGGGGUAUGGAGGAGGAUACAAUGACCGGGGAGUUGUUGAAUACAAAGAAAGGAGAGACGAGGAUGACGAAUACGAUGAAUUCGGGCGUCGUAAGAAAAAACGAAAGAUCGAAAAUCGCUCGGAUGAUGAUUCCAAAGAUUCUAGGUAUAGCAGUCCACCGCGUAAUAAAUCUAAGGACGAGGUUGAAAGACACGAAAACGAAGACGAAGAGGAGGAAGAUGAUGAAGAAGAUGGCGAUUUAUCCAAAUAUGAUCUUAGCGAAUGGGAUGACUUUGCGGUUAAGAAAAAUACAAAUGGGAAGACAGAGAUGAUUGGCGCGAUUCGGGAACAUCCAGUCAAUGAGAAGCUGCGCAGAAGGAAAGGUUUGACUUGGACUGUUGUUGUUGCUGAGGUGGCUGUUGUGGUUGUUGUUGUGGCUGCUGUUGCUGCUGAGGCUGUUGCUGUUGUUGAGACUGACUUUGUUGCUGUUGAGUAUCUUUUGUCGAUGGCGGAGAUGUGUCAGUCUGCGGGUGAAUUUAGGGCUGAACUCGCACGAGGUGACGGUAGUGACAAAUUGCUGGUUGGAUUGUUAGGUGAUGAAGGAUUUGGACUUUGUAUCGCAAUUGGUACACUCGCGGAUCGGUUGGAGGACACUGAGUUGGUACAACUGAAGGAACAUUCGUUGGAGGACACGUUGAUACCGCUGUUCCUUGCGUUGUGUCUAACGCAUUACCAGAUUCUUCUUUAUGCUCAGGAAAUAACAUCAUUUGCAUUUUCCUUAUGUGAUGGCUGUAAACUGCCUGGACCUGGACUGGUAGUACCUCCUAAUAAAUUGGGACUAUGGCCCAUUGUAGUACUAUUAGGAGGUUGUGGAUUUGCUGUAAUAAAAGGUGAAUUUGGUACAAGGCAAGGCACAUCAAUAUUUGCAUCAUCCAAUGAUGGUUCAGAAUUACCAAGGGUAUUACCACCAUUUAAGUUCCUUAGAUUAGGUUGUUCAUUCCAGAAUGGCGGAGCAUUAGGGUCAAGAGCUGGUAGAUCAGGAGAGGGAUCCAAACAAGGAUCCCUAGGACAUUCUGUGGUAUCUUCUCCAGUUGUAUCAUCAUUGUUGGCUCCGGUACCCUCUUCCUUGAUCUUCACUGGAUCUGUGUCAGGCUCCUCUUUGACAACAGUAGUUGGUACGCAGCUUGGUUCGCUGGGCUUCUUUUCUGUUUUCAUCUUUGAAGCUUACUGGAGAAUUAUCCUGUCAGACCUUGGUCAGCUGAAAAAAGAUGGAAAGACCGCACCAGGCGUACUUGACUCGUUCCUUACACUUGAUCGCCUGCAGGGUUACUAUUUUGGUCUUUCUUUGCUUGUAUUUUCACCAUUCUUUCGCAGCCACGCCACUAAAAUAAGUUACACAAAAAUGUCACAAUUGGAACUAGAUCCUCAAUUUACACAAGGUUUACACCUUUUACAUUCAACUAAUAAAGAUUCUGCAGAACAGCUACGGGCACUUCUAGAUGAGGCGAUCAAACAAAAAUAUGGGCCAUCAAAGAUGUUAUCAAAUGUGUUACACAAAAAGUAUAUGAUGGAGGAACCAGUGCUGAGUGACCAUAGCAGCAGCAGCAGUAGCAAAAAGAGCAAAAGUUCCUCUUCCUCUUCUUCAAAGCAUUCAAGCAAAUCAAGCAAAAACAGUUCCCCUGUGAAUUUACCAACACGUGACACACCACCUGAUAUUAUUCAGACUGAUAAUACUCUAGCACUAGAAAUAUUAGAAGAUGAUCUGACAUGUGUUAUUUGCAAAGGAAUGGAUGUUGGCGCAAGAAAUAGACUUGUUGAAUGUUUAGAGUGCCAUUCUUUGUACCACCAGGAGUGUCAUGUUCCACAUAUUUUAGAUUCCCAGAUAGAUGUUCCAGGUCUGGUGUGGUACUGUUCAAACUGUCCCAAAUCUCAGGCCUCAAAAGAAAGGAGCUCACCAAAAACAGUGAUAGAAAGCAAGUCCAAAGAGCAGAAGAAAUCAAACUCAAGUGGUGGAAACAAAGUAACACCAAAUAUUCAUAUUAUAAGUGCAGAUAGAAGAUUGAAAGAUAUGAUGAAGAAAGCCAAGCAAGACAAACGAAGCACAAACACCACUCAAAGUUCGAAAAACUCUUCAUCCAGUACACCAGCAUUGUCUUCAACGAAAUCUCAGGAAAAAUCACUAUUGUACAAAAUCAAGUCAGGUGUAGAAUGA